AUGCAAAAUAUAAAAUGUGUUGUUGUUGGUGAUGGUGCUGUUGGUAAAACUUGUUUAUUAAUUAGUUAUGCAACAAAUGCAUUUCCGGGUGAAUAUAUUCCAACUGUUUUUGAUAAUUACUCAGCUAAUAUCACAGUUGAUGGAAGGCCAAUAAAUCUUGCACUUUGGGAUACAGCCGGACAAGAAGAUUACGAUAGAUUAAGGCCGCUUUCAUAUCCACAAACUGAUGUCUUCCUGAUUUGUUUUUCAAUAGUUAGUCAAUCAUCCUUUGAAAAUGUUAGAACCAAGUGGUAUCCGGAAAUAUCUCACCAUUGUCCUGGAGUACCAAUAAUUUUAGUUGGUACAAAACUUGAUUUACGCGAAGACAAAGAUACUCUGUUGAAGUUAAGACAAAAAAAUCAAUCACCGUUAACUUAUCCACAAGGUUUGCAAUUAGCAAAAGAUAUAGAUGCAGUGAGAUACAUGGAAUGUAGCGCUUUAACUCAAAAAGGACUAAAAACUAUUUUUGAUGAAGCAAUACAGGCAAUCUUAAGACCUCCACCUGUUAAAAAGAAAAAGUCAAAAUGUAUUAUUACUUAA